GCGCCACCUCUCCCACAGCGUUCAUCAUUCCUUGCCGUGCGCGCCAUUCAAAUUCUUAUACCUCCUCGCCAUGAACUAUGCUACCUUCACCGACCACUCGCGCAUACAGUGGGCCCUUAUGCCAUCGGAUCCCCAACAGCAGCAACGUCGAUCGGGCCUCAAACCCACCAACCUACCUCUCGAACUGCAGGUUCAGGUUCUUCGACAGUGUAGCCCCAAGGAUCUCCUCGCCUUGAGCCAAACUUGCUCGACGUUCCAGACCAUCUUGGACGACAGAGCUGACAUUUGGGCCGACGCGAGGAUGUAUCUGGGUGCGCCCGCGCCGCCUGGAACCUUGAAAGAUCAUGGGCCGGUCGACUCUGAGCGAGCAUGGGCAGCCUAUCUUUUCACCGGCGCGCUAGACCUCUUGAUCGAUGCUCCACCCGACUGGGCCCUCCUAUACACCCAGAAUUGGAUUAAAGCAGAUGAGCAAAACGCUUCAAAGAUUCGAACGUUUCUCUCUGAGGAGCCUUUUAAAGAGCUCGAGGUCAAGGUCACAUUCGCACAGAUCAUGCGCACCCCUACUGGCCGAGCGCUCUUCGAUGCAUUCCGGAGAGACGUCGAGGUCAUCGACUAUGCCUCCUGGACGUUGGUCUUGCCAUCAAUGCUGCGAGAACUGGGACUCAUAGCCUCCUGCAUUCUGUCUGCCUCUCCGCGUGGAUUCAGGCCCGACGAGCUCGACAGGGUCAUCUGCCCAGACUGCUGCCCCGACCCGACUAACUUUCGCCAUGCCCUGAAUGCCCUUCCAGCUCGCAUAUCGAAGAGAAAGUGGUUCGCUCUGAAUACGGUUACAGUAGGGUCGCUCACUCACCACUAUCAAGAGAAACAUCCUGGCCUUCUCUUGGUGUCACCGAUCUUGCGGAUACCCAGGCUCGCAUACUGUACGAUAUGCCUGAGUGCCCCAGGGGUGCAACAUUGCUACCAUGUCCCCUACAACUCGCGUGGCCUGACAUGUCACGAGCGGAUGUGUCAUGGGCCAAUCAAUCCGGGGCACGUCCACAAGUGGUUGGCACCCCUUCCGUUUGGAAACCCCCUGGUAGAUGUCAAUCAGCCAAGCAAACUCCGCUCGAUCAUCAAGCGUUGGUUUGCUAGGGUCGCAUCAGAGACUGCGCGCGCUUAGGUUUCUUUCGCCAUUAUUAGCUUCUGUCGCGACUCAAGUCUACGUCUCCUGGAACUCUUCAACCAGGCACUCUUCUCUCCGCGACAUCUCCUCAAUAUCGAGCUGGCCAACUAUGCGCUGUCGCGGUAUUCUAUUCGUCUUUUUCGUCCCUGCGCUCCGAUCUUUACUGUCCUACGUUCCGACUCUACUGUCUCUGCGCUUUCCUUCAACCCUCGCGACAAUCCUACCUACGCGUUACCUCUUCACAAUCCACACAUGUAUCAUAUCGAGAUACCCUGAUACAUGACAUAGCUGUAUCUGCCAUCGGAAAAUAUAAUCAACGACGACACCUAAUUUACGUGCGCUACUUUCGUCGCACGACCGACAAUUCUGCUCAUAGCAGUGUCACUUGAUGGACCGCUGUACUUCCUCGGCUCAAUGCGACAUCUUCUGCUCGUCUGCUACGUACUCGCAGUCGCUGGAAAGCUCCG